GCCCGCCUCACACUGCGACCGUGCAGGCGCUGCGGCCGCGCUCUAGUUCCUCCCUGCACUGAGUCGGCGCGAGGAGCUGGGAAUUAGCGCGAGAGGAAGUGUUCGAGGCAGCGCGCGGCGAGUGGAGUUGGUCCCGGCCUUUCAAAACCAACCGACAUCAAACGAAACAUGAGUCCAGGAGCAGGCAAGGAACCGAGAGAGAACCGUGUCCAGAAGGGGAUCAGGGCUAUUCUGCUGGGGCCACCCGGGGCAGGGAAGGGCACACAGGCUCAAAGACUUGCGGAGCACUACAAUGUCUGUCACUUAGCAACAGGUGACAUGCUCCGAGCAAUGGUGGCAACAGGAUCAGAAUUGGGUCUAAAGUUGAAGAAAACAAUGGAUGAGGGCAAAUUAGUCAGCGAUGAGAUGGUGGUUGAACUGAUUGAUAAAAACUUGGACAGAGCAGCCUGCAAAAAUGGAUUUCUGUUGGACGGAUUCCCACGUACUGUGAAUCAGGCACAGAUUUUUGAUCAACAAUUGGAAAAGCGAUCUGAGAAGCUAGACUCGGUGCUAGAGUUUAAGAUUCAAGAUGACUUGCUGAUAACCAGAAUCUGUGGCAGACUGAUUCACCAGCCCAGUGGACGCACUUAUCAUGAAUUGUACAACCCACCCAAAGUGCCAAUGAAAGAUGAUGUAACUGGUGAACCUUUGCUAAAACGUUCAGAUGACAAUGAAGAAACGUUAAAAUCUCGUCUUUCUGCUUACCACACCCAAACCAAACCUCUGAUUACAUAUUACCAAAAGAAAGGGCUCCAUACAGCUGUUGAUGCCGCACAGCCUCCUGAUGUUGUAUUUUCUACUAUUCUAGCUGCAUUCAGUGGAGCUGCAUCUGAGAAGUGGAGGCUUGGUCUGUACUGAGCGAGGUGACCUUUCUGUCUUCAUCCUUACUGGAACUUCCGGGAUGAUCUACCUGUCAAAUUGUCUUCAACGACUGUAUGAUUGUUAACGGAUCGAAUUUAUUUACAUGCUAUUUUCGUUUAAGAAAAUUAAACAUGAACAAAAUAAAAACUGAAAAAUAAGUGAAACCAAAAGCUGAAGAGAAACAGCAGGUCAGAUAAUAUAACUGGAGAUUGUAGAACUGUUUACGCUGUGGAUAAAUUUGAAGCGUUGACUGUUUAAUUUCAAUGUAGAGGAUGAUUUUCUGCUGUAGUUCUAGUUUUUAUUUUUGCUUCAAAUGAAAUCUAUCUUCAUCCUUUGUUCCUCAAUUUCAGUUUUGUGACAUUGAGACAUUAAGUAUUUGAAAAUUAACCUCCAUGGCACAUUAUGCUAAGUCUCAGAUUUUUAUUUUUGGGGCUUGUCAGUGACCCUGUUCUGAGAGUUUGGGGUCCUACAGGUACCAUCAUACCUGAGUAAUUUUCUCAUCUGCACAAUAUUUUAUUUUUCUGUUAAACUCAGAAUCUAGUGUCCAUUUAAGAUCAUUACGUUGUUUCUGAUUCUGGUAGGUCUAAAGGAGAAAAAUCACUUUUGACAUAAAUACAAACUUAACUCUAUUUGGGAUAACAAGGUGUAGAGCUGGAUGAACACAGCAGGCCAAGCAGCAUCAGAGGAGCAGGAAGGCUGACGGAAGGGUCUAGGCCUGAAACAUCAGCCUUUCUGCUCCUCUGAUGCUGCUUGGCCUGCUGUGUUUAUCCAGCUCUACACCUUGUUAUCUCAGAUUCUCCAGCAUCUGCAGUUCCUACUAUCUCUAACUCUAUUUGGGAAGUCUUUUCUUAAAAUCUAAAGUUCAACCUUUUUAAUUAAUGUAUCCUGUUCCAAAUUGAUAAUUUUAUAUUUUUCCUGUUUUUCAAAGAGGAGAUUGAGAAUUUGCUUUGCUUUGUAAAAGAGUUCAAAUAAAAGUGAACCAAUGAAGCUCA